GAAGCCGGGCGAGAGCAGCCAGAGGUGGGAUCGGAGCGCGCCCGCUGGGCGCGGAGCCCGCGAGCCUGGCUAGCGAGGGGAGCCACGGGGGGCGCGCCCCGGGAGGGCCCCCGGAGCAGCGCAGGAUGCCGCACGAAGAUCUGCCGUCGCUGCAACGGCCCCGCUACGGCUCGAUUGUGGAUGAUGAAAGGCUGUCUGCAGAGGAGAUGGAUGAGAGGAGGCGGCAGAACAUCGCCUAUGAAUAUUUGUGUCACCUGGAGGAAGCCAAGAGAUGGAUGGAAGUCUGCUUAGUUGAAGAGUUGCCACCCACCACUGAACUGGAAGAAGGGCUCCGGAACGGGGUCUACCUGGCCAAGUUAGCCAAGUUCUUUGCCCCCAAAAUGGUUUCAGAGAAGAAGAUCUAUGACGUGGAGCAGACGCGUUAUAAGAAAUCUGGCCUUCAUUUUCGACACACAGAUAACACCGUGCAGUGGUUAAGAGCUAUGGAGGCCAUUGGGCUACCCAAGAUAUUUUAUCCAGAAACAACAGAUGUCUACGAUCGGAAAAACAUACCAAGGAUGAUAUAUUGCAUUCACGCACUAAGUUUGUAUCUGUUUAAACUGGGGAUUGCGCCCCAGAUCCAGGAUUUGCUGGGAAAAGUGGAUUUCACAGAGGAGGAAAUCAGUAACAUGAGGAAAGAACUGGAGAAGUACGGGAUACAGAUGCCGGCUUUCAGUAAGAUUGGCGGCAUUCUGGCCAACGAACUGUCCGUGGAUGAAGCCGCAUUGCAUGCUGCAGUCAUAGCCAUUAACGAGGCUAUUGAAAAAGGAGUAGCCGAACAGACCAUUAUAACACUAAGGAACCCAAACGCGGUUUUAACUUUCGUGGAUGACAACCUCUCCCGGGAGUACCAGAAAGAGCUGUGGGAAGCCAAAAAGAAGAAAGAGGAAAAUGCAAAACUGAAGAACAGCUGUAUUUCAGAGGAAGAGAGAGAUGCCUAUGAGGAGCUGCUGACACAGGCAGAAAUCCAGAGCAACAUCAAUGCGGUCAAUAGGAUGGCUGCCGUGGACCACAUCAAUGCUGUCCUCCGGGAAGGUGACCCUGAGAACACACUGCUUGCGCUGAAGAAACCGGAAGCCCAGCUGCCAGCCGUUUAUCCCUUCGCUGCUGCCAUGUACCAGAACGAACUCCGCAAUCUCCAGAAACAGAACAACUCGAGCUACUUGGCCCAUGAGGAGCUCCUGAUUGCUGUGGAGAUGUUGUCUGCUGUUGCUUUGCUAAACCAGGCCUUGGACGGCAGCGACCUUGUGUCUGUGCAGAACCAACUCAGGAGCCCCACCAUAGGGUUCAACAAUCUGGACGGGGCAUGCGUGGACCGUUAUGCAGAUGCAUUACUCUCCCUUAAACAAGAAGCCUUAUCCCAGGGGCAGGACACCUUAAGCUGGAACGAAAUUCAGAAUUGUAUUGAUAUGAUUAAUAUCCAGGUUCAAGAAGAAAAUGACCGAAUGGUAGCUCUCAGGUACAUCAAUGAAGCCAUCGACGAAGGGAACCCUCUGAAGACUUUAGACACCUUGUUGCUGCCCACUGCUAAUAUCAGAGAUGUGGACCCAGCAUGCGCCCAGCACUACCAGGAUGUUUUGUUCCAUAUGAAAUCCCAGAAGCUCAGGGAUCCUGAGAGUGUUUCUAAAAUGCUCUGGCUGGAUGAAAUACAGCGAGCCAUCGAUGAGGCCAACGUGGACGAGAGCAGAGCAAAGCAAUGGGUUACGCUGGUCGUUGAUGUCAAUGAGUGUUUGGAGAGAAAACAGUCAGAACACAUCUUGGCUGUACUGAAGUCUUCUUCUCAUAAUAUCCAUAACAUACUCCCAGAAUGCGCCAACAAGUACUGUGACACCCUCCUGAAGGUGAAAGAGUCCAAGACUGACAAUGUGUCCAGUGAAGAAGGUUCAUGGGUCAAACUCAACUUGCAGCAGAAAUAUAACUACUAUUACAACACAGAUUCCAAAGAAGGUUCUUGGGUCCCACCGGAAUCAUGCUUGCUUAAAGAAUCGUGGCUCACAGGAGAAGAAAUUGAGGAAAUCAUUGAGGAAGUCACGUCAGAUUUCAUCCGCGAGAACAUGUGGUCUGCCUCGGAAGACUUGCUUCUCCGCUUUCAAGCCACAAACUCAGGACCCAUCCUUAGGGAAGAGUUUGAAGCUAGAAAAGCAUUCUUAUAUGACCAAGUAGACAGUGUGGUCAAAAUACAGGCUUUCUGGAAGGGGUAUAAACAGCGGCAGGAGUAUCUGAACAGACAGCAAGUGUUUGCCAGUAACGUAGACUCUGUUGUGAAGAUUCAGUCCUGGUUCCGAAUGGUGACAGCAAGGAAAAGUUACCUUUCACGGCUACAGUAUUUCGAAGAUCAUAAAAAUGAAAUUGUGAAAAUACAAUCCAUGUUACGGGCAAGCAAAGCCAGAGAUGACUACAAAGCACUAGUUGGCUCCGAAAACCCGCCAUUAGCAGUAAUCCGAAAGUUUAUGUACCUGUUGGAUCAGAGUGACUUGGAUUUCCAGGAAGAGCUGGAGGUAGCGAGACUACGAGAAGAAGUGGUGACUAAGAUCAGGGCCAAUCAGCAGCUGGAGAAAGACCUCAACCUGAUGGACAUCAAGAUCGGCCUGCUGGUGAAGAACAGGAUCACGCUGGAGGAUGUAAUCUCCCACAGUAAAAAGCUGAAUAAGAAAAAAGGUGGAGACCUGGAAAUCCUGAACAACACUGACAACCAGGGCAUUAAAAGCUUGAGUAAGGAGAGGAGGAGAACACUAGAGAACUACCAGCAACUCUUCUACCUGCUGCAGACCAAGCCCUCAUACCUGGCCAAGCUAAUUUUCCAGAUGCCACAGAACAAGUCGACAAAGUUCAUGGACACUGUUAUUUUCACACUAUAUAAUUACGCCUCCAACCAGAGGGAAGAGUUCCUGUUGCUGAAGCUUUUCAAAACUGCUCUGGAAGAAGAAAUCAAGUCAAAGGUGGACCAGGCACAGGACAUAGUGACGGGCAAUCCUACUGUCAUCAAGAUGGUCGUCAGCUUCAACAGAGGUGCCCGGGGACAGAAUACCCUGCGCCAGCUCCUGGCUCCGGUGGUGAAAGAGAUCAUAGAGGACAAGGCUCUAAUCAUCAACACCAACCCUGUGGAGGUAUACAAGGCUUGGGUGAACCAACUGGAAACACAGACUGGAGAGGCCAGCAAGCUGCCUUACGACGUGACCACAGAGCAAGCCCUGACGUACCCGGAGGUGAAGAAUAAACUGGAAGCAUCUAUUGAAAACCUGAGGAAGGUCACCGACAAAGUUCUGGCUUCUAUCAUCUCUUCCCUCGAUCUGCUGCCUUACGGAUUGAGGUAUAUAGCCAAAGUCCUGAAGAACUCGAUCCGUGAGAAAUUCCCCGAUGCUACAGAAGAAGAGCUGUUAAAGAUUGUUGGAAACCUCCUGUACUACCGAUACAUGAACCCAGCCAUCGUGGCCCCAGAUGGCUUUGACAUCAUUGACAUGACGGCCGGAGGUCAGAUCAACUCUGACCAAAGGAGAAACCUGGGCUCUGUGGCUAAGGUUCUUCAGCACGCAGCCUCCAACAAGCUGUUUGAGGGAGAGAACGAGCAUCUGUCAUCGAUGAACAAUUAUUUAUCAGAGACCUAUCAGGAAUUCAGGAAAUAUUUCCAGGAAGCAUGCGAUGUCCAUGAACCCGAAGAGAAGUUUAAUAUGGACAAAUACACAGACUUGGUGACCGUCAGCAAACCAGUCAUUUAUAUCUCAAUCGAAGAAAUCAUCAAUACACAUUUACUCUUGCUGGAGCAUCAGGACGCCAUCGCCACUGAAAAGAGUGACCUGCUGAAUGAGCUGCUGGAGUCGCUGGGGGACGUGCCCACCGUGGAGUCCUUUCUCGGGGAAGGAGCAGUUGACCCCAAUGACCCUAACAAAGAAAACACACUAAAUCAGCUCUCAAAAACUGAGAUUUCCCUUUCCUUGACAAGCAAGUAUGACAUCAAGGAUGGCGAGGCUGUGGAUGGCAGAAGUCUCAUGAUAAAGACCAAAAAGCUGAUCAUCGAUGUGACCCGGAACCAGCCAGGGAGCACACUGAUUGAAAUCUUAGAGACCCCAGCAACCGAGCAACAGGAACUAGAACACACCAAAGACAUGGAGAGCCGUGCCCUUGUGGACGCCAGGGCCCCAGAAGAAGGGAAGCAGAACCAAGCCAUGAUGGAAGACGCAUACCUGCCUCUUGAGCAGAAGAAGAGGAAGAUCCAGAGGAAUCUGCGGACCUUGGAGCAGACCGGACUCGUGUCAUCCAAAAAUAAAUACCAAGACAUUCUCAACGAGAUUGCCAAGGAUAUUCGAAAUCAAAGGCUCUACCGCAAGCUCCGGAAAGCUGAACUGUCGAAGCUUCAGCAGACUCUGAACGCACUUAAUAAGAAGGCAGCAUUUUAUGAAGACCAAAUUAAUUAUUACGACACCUACAUCAAGACUUGUGUAGACAACCUAAAAAGAAAAAAUUCUCGGAGAUCGAUUAAACUGGAUGGAAAAGCAGAGCCCAAAGGAAUGAAGAGAGUGAAGCCUGUGAGGUACACAGCAGCAAAGCUGCAUGACAAAGGCGUCCUGCUGGGCAUAGAUGACCUUCAAACCAACCAGUUUAAGAACGUUACAUUCGACAUCAUCGCGACUGAGGAUGUGGGCAUCUUUGACGUCCGAUCCAAAUUCCUUGGUGUUGAGAUGGAAAAAGUACAGCUCAAUAUUCAGGACCUGCUUCAGAUGCAGUAUGAAGGAGUGGCUGUGAUGAAGAUGUUCGAUAAGGUGAAAGUAAACGUGAACCUUCUCAUAUACCUUCUCAACAAGAAGUUCUACGGAAAGUGAGGUGCCUGCCGGGAGCCGUGGGCCCGCGCACCGC